GCGACGGCAGACGUGUGUCGGAACGUCGACGGGAAGGGCGGCCAGCGACCGGUGGACCGCGACGACCCGACCUGACCCGACCCGACCUGACGUGACCGGAUCGGACUGUGAGCUGCACCAUGGGGGUGGCCGAUACCGUGCACCGCUCUGUCACCUGUCCGCCGAAGAAGAAAUGGAUCAACGCUUACAAACAAGAUGAGGACAGCCGUGAUGACGUCUCUUUCGCGCCGGCGGGGCGUCAUCAGGCGCCGGUGCCGCCAUCAGCGCGUCACCAGCCGGGGGCGCCGGCCGUCACCCCGCCGCCGCCCCAGCGCAGCCCGCGCACUCCCUCGGCGUUCAUCGCCACCCACCACAGCUACGUGCGCACGUCGGGCGCGGUGGCGGCGCCGGCCGGGCCGCCGGCGGCGCCGCAGCCGGCCGCCCACCCGCCCCCCUCGGCCGGCGCGGCGGCGGCGCUGUCGCACCGCUCCGCCGUACAGCCGGGGGCCGCGCAUGAGCACCGUAAUGGCGUACUGCCCAUGGCGCCGGCGCCGCCGGCCGUGCCCACCUACCGCUACGACAGCUCUGAUGACAUCCAAGACAGGAAGGGCCGCGUCAGUGCCGGCACCCGCGAGGUCCACAACAAACUGGAAAAGAACCGCCGCGCCCACCUGAAGGAGUGCUUCGAGAACCUGCGGCGGCAGGUGCCCGUGCUGGAUGAAAAGAGAACCUCCAACCUGGGCAUCCUGCGCGGCGCACUGCGCUACAUUGGGACCCUGAAGCGGAAGGAACGAGAGUGUGAGCACGAGAUGGAGCGUCUGGCGCGCGAGAAGAUCGCCAACCAGCAGCGUCUGGCGCAGUUGAAGCGCGACCUCAGCGCCAAGUGGGACCACAUCGACUUCAGCCAACUGCUGCCCGACCCCACGGCCAAUAACGACAACGACUCCAACUCGACGCUGUCAGCCACCGAGUCUCGACUGGACGGCGACUCGUACCAGGCCAGUCCGGAGCGCGAGCUGGAGCCGCCGUCUCCGGAGCCGCGCCGGCGGCCGGCCGAGCGGCCCGCCGCCGCCAGUCCCGCCUACCUGGGCCACUCGUCGGGCUACUCGUCCAGCUCUCCGACCGUUGCCGCCUCGGCACCCCCGCUGGGCGGCGGCGGCGGCGGUCAGCCGGCCGGCCUGGCGCGACUGGCAGCCAUGGCCUCCAGCCAGCAGAAGAUGCUCUCCUCCGGCGGCCACAAGGUGUCGGUGGUGCAGACGACCGCGGCCGAGACCGACGGUCGUGGCCGGCCCGAUACCGACGCUCAGCUCCUGCAUGCCGAGCACGGUGUCCAGUACGUGCCCGUGACGGCGCUGUCGGAGGUGGGGCGGCCGCCCGCCACCGUCUCCUAUGUGGAGCAGCCCCUGGACGCCUCGCGAAAGGCGCUCGUGCUGGAGACGGUGCCCGGCCACAUCGUCAAUGCGCAGCUGAUGUCCUCGGCGGCCGGCACGGUGCGGCUGAGCAGCGCCGGCGUACCGAGCGUCCAGCUGACGGCGGCGCCGUCCUCUCUGCAGGUGCUCACACCGGCCGGCGUGCGACUGGUGGCCGCGCCCGGGCCGGCGCACCACGCUUCCGGCUCCGCAGCGGUGAUGGCCACGACCUCUGGCGGCGCGCAGCGCUCGGUGCUAACGCUGCCGCCACGGACGGCCGUGCCACUGCCGCGAGCGGAGACCGCCCCCAGCGCCGGCAAGGUGGCAGCCGUGUCGGGCCUGACCCAGCUGGUGAGCUCCCCGCUGCCGCGACUGGUCACCCAGCCGGUCACACACCUGGUGGCAUCCGCCGCGCCUGCCACUAUGACCGUCCUCGGCCAGUCCAAGGUGGUGAAGCAGCUGCCGGUCAUCUCUCCGUACAUCACCACUGCCUCCCAGGCGCCCAGUCGACCCAUGGUCGUCGUCUCGGCCGCCGGCCUCCUGCCAGUCACCAAACACUAGGCGGCGCCCGAGAGAACCUCAAGUUACCGGCGCGGCGCAUAGGUGGCAGCACCGAUAGCGGUGGGACGGGUUGCCGCGUGGCGCCCUCUGGGAUGAGUAGGUCGAGCCGGGGAGGACCUAUCGGUCGGCUCGGGAGAAGGGUGUGGAGGCGCCACUGCUGGGGGUAUGCCUGCGGGGACAUGGCUGCUGUUUCUAUGCCAUCACAAACGUCCCCUCUAAGUACUUCCCAGAGAAGCAGUCACAGGCUGACCACUUGUGUCGUGCAGUUGGGGAAGGUUGGUGGUCACGUCACCCAAUGCGCCGCAGGGUCCACCAACUGCCAGCGGCGGCUGGUCGGUAGCGCCGGCCGACCUCACACCUCUACUCCAGAGGUCACAGGUCACCAUCCCUCCUCAGACCUCCCCGGUGACCGCGGGGUCGCAGGUCGGCCCCCCAGUCCCGCCAGGCUGAUCGGGACGAUAUUCCUCACCCGUUUUUAUCUCUAUCCAUGGGCUCUACGAGGCGAGCCCGCCAGGGCAUUGGUCUGUGCAAAUCAUAGCCUAUGUAGCUAUCAUCAUUCAGGGAGUGUGCACGUGUCUCUUGAUGCUGACUUUCGAUGAGCCAUGAACGCUUAACGUCUCUUCUUUCCUGACGCGGAAGGGUGGUGCGUGCUCUUUCUGAAGAAGUCUAGGUAGUCCGGCCGCCGGCGCAAAAUGUGGCGAUCGGUCGCAUCUACCGUGUAGAUGCCUUGCCCAAGCUUUCGCCCUUGAUUCGAUCGUUGAGAGAGUGUAAGUCGCAGUGUUGGACUGGUAGAUUAGCGCGGAAAUCAGGAUAAAAUGGCGGAGACGCAACGCGGUCACCGCCCGAAAAAUAUCUCCCGUAGUGGUACCCUGAAUAGGUCAACUAUUGUUGCUGUUACGAUCAUGUGCCGGUGGUUGUCAAGGCCGCAGCGAUUGGGUUAUGACGAGGGUGGGACGAUGCUCACAGACCUGCGAGCCACAUAAUAUUGAGACGAAAUUGAACUUGUCUCAGUGGAAUUUGCACAUGCUCGGAAGUGUUCCCGGGUGAGGCAGAAUCCAGAAUUCAGCAUGGUAUGGUCGUUGCAAACGAUUAACACAUGGCUUAAGCUUCUCCUUUCUUUUCCAUACGCCUCGAAAAAGUCCAAUGCGGAUUGAUAUUUCACACGCGCUGAUUAUGUGGAAGCAUGGUUGAACUGGGUCCUCGUGAGACAAAAACAGCAGUGUGUUUUCGGGUGCAGCGACUCUCUGAUCCGUUAAAGAAAUCAAAGUUUUAUUCCGCGACCGAGCCGGGCGGUCCAAUGGACUGGAAGGCGGGCUUCCAGGCGUAUCGUCCAACCAGCUCCGAUAAUACUAUCCCAAUGUCCAACCACAAUCGGCAUAAUUGUUCAAAAGAACGAAAUGUUUUUCGUUGCACGUGGGGCGACUUCCACGGGUGGGGAUCCUCGCCGUUCUAAAGUGAAGCUGGCGACAGGUGCUUUUUUCUCGGAGGGUGGAUCCUCUGGGCACGCUGGGCGCAUCGGUCCACCGCGCGGCGCCAUGCAAUGUUCAUGUCAUGCCUAGUACAACACGGCCCGGGCGCGGGCCAGGGGAGGGGACGGACGGGAGGGGUGAGACUGGAGGGGCGCGGGUGGCGCACAGGGACGGGUGUGGCGCUCGGGGUGUUCCCAGUCGCCGCGUCUGUGAUGGCAGGGCGUCGGCGGCCGGUCCGAGCGAGCCUGACCUCCCAGCGCUGCUGUGGUCCGAGCGGCCGCCGGCGGCUGCGGCGCGGCUCCCCACCAGACGGGGUGGGACGGACGGCACCGGGGCCCGGGCGGUGUCUUGUCCUGUCGACCGGCGCGCUGCUCGUCUGUCUCUGGAUGGGCGGGUACGGUGGCCCGUCCCAGUGCCGCCCGCCCUCGGCCGGUUGGUGGUUCAGUUAUGGUGCUCUGUGAUAUUCCUGUUUGUGUAUGGCGCGUUUGUUUGCUGUGAAGAAGCGCCGUCGCGGUCCGGGCUCGGCGCUCUUGUUUUGGCCGCGUGACGGCAGCAGCGGCGGCUCUGUUGGGUUUGUUUUGUUGAAAUUUUAUCUCUAUCCCUCCUAUCGCCCUCCGGCGCGGCGACACUGGGGCGCUGGAGUGUCGGGUUAGGGACCCGCAGAGCCGUCGGGCUGGUGGUUCUCCGGCGGCCGGAACUGUCGGCUCUGAACUGCGCUGCCGCCCGCGGUGCUGGUGGGGCGCUGCGGGUGUGUGCUGUGUGUGAGCGGACGGCGACGGCGCGCCGCCGGACGGCUGUCCAGCGCCGCCCCCUCCUGCAAUAACCCUAUGAAGGAGAACACGGCGGUUGCUCGACCGCGCGCGACCACAGACCUCUUUCCUUGUUAGGCUUGAAUUGUAUAUGGUGAAUAUCUAAUGCUGUUCAGUAUAUUGUUGAUUGUGUACCCUUACUGAAAUACAUGUCCACGAUGCAAA